ACCUAUCAAUAACUAAAUAAUUAUUAAUUAUGAUUUAUUAUCAAUAUUAAUAAUUAAAAUUGAUUCAGUUUAAAAUGAUGUAUCAUGUCGAAAAAUUUAUAAAUGGUUAUGAAUAGUGUUUUGUUGAUACUUCUACUUUUUGGCGCUGUGUGGCGUUUAGUGUAUAAUGCUGUAGAAAAGUGUCUUUACUCAUUGUAUAUCUAUGCUGUGUUCUUUUGCAUUUUACGAGUUGCAGUUUGAAUUGCUUUUGGAGUUUUACCUUUCCUUGUCAUCUUUUCGCAAAAUCAAUUACAAAUUACAACAUAAAUGGCUUUUAACAUCUAUUGGAUAACAAUAUCUACUUUGUGCAUAGUCGGCAUAGUGAAGAAUCAAGAUAUUCCUAAAAUUGCUCCAUUUUCCUUUCCUCCCAAUUUAAAAAUUGGAGAUAUAGGAAGCGUAACAUGUUCUGUAACCUCUGGCAGCCGACCAUUAAAAUUUCAAUGGAAAAAAGAUCAUAUCGAUAUUAACGAAAAUACAAACGUAGCAGUGCUUACACAUUCAGAUUUAUCAGCAGUAUCAAUAAAAUCUAUUAAAGAAGAAAAUAUCGGAAACUAUACUUGCACAGUUUCAAAUAAAUAUGGUUCAAAUAGCUACAUGACAAGAUUAGAAGUUCCAAGUAAGUUAAUUUAAAGAUUAGUUAGAUAUAAAUAGCUAAUAUAAAUUAUGACAUUGUUUCUUUAUUCACUUAAGUACCGCCAACGUGGAAAAUUGAACCAAAAGAUAUCGAAAUUGUUAAAGAUGAUAAUGUAACUAUAAAAUGUGAAGCAAAUGGCUUUCCAACACCAAAAAUGGAAUG